AUACUUCCCAUCAGUGAAUCUGAAUUGUCCUACCAAUGAUGAUAUGAUACAUGUAGAGAGUAUCGUGUAUUUUUAUAAUCAAGGAUCUGAUUGUGGUAUUUCUACAGAGAUAUGUGGUCAACCAUUGACUAAUAGUGAUACAGGUUUAAUAACAUCUUGUACUGGACAACCAUCACCAUGUUCACAAUAUAUACCUAAUUAUAGUAAUUGUACAGGAAGUACUGUUAACUAUAGAUGUAUUCCAAGAGACAACGGUCAAGAUAUUUGUCAAAGCAAAACAAUUUCAUUAUAUAAUUCAGCCAGGAUAUUUCUAUUUUCACCAAAUUAUCCAAAUGCUACAGGUAGUUUUAAACUAAAUGAAAUGAGUUGUGAAUGUGAUAUACGUGGUACAAGUAUAACAUCUAUAACUAUAUUAGAUCUUAGAUUAAAAACAGAUAGUAAUGGAGUACGAUCUGACGUAUUUAUACAAUAUGGUGAUAUAACGUAUAAUAAAACUAGUAGAGAAAACAACGGAUUCUCUCUACAAAUUUAUAAUUACAGACUACAACCAACAACACCAACAUCAACAGCUGAUAUCACAUUUACCCAACAACAAAUAACUGGACAAAAACUCUGGAUUGAGAUACAAGGUAUUGCUUUGGCAUGGUUCUGUAAUAAUAUAUCCACAACAACUAUUUCACCCACACCCACCCCACCAAGACCAGACAGUACGGCUACUCCAGUUUCAUCUUCUACAGAGACUGAGAUGUCUACCAGUACAGCUACUCAUCCCACUACAGUAAAUAACCGUUCCCCCGGCACUGCAACCUAUUCCAGCACUCCAUCUGAAACAUCAACUGACACAUCAGACAUCCCACAAACAGGAACCAAUCCAUCAGACAGUGAAGAACAACACACCGACAACGAUAAAGAUAUCGCCAUCAUUGUUUUGGCUAUAUUAUCUUUUUCAUUGAUACUGGUCAUAGUUUUAUAUCUCAUGUACAGAAAAGGUAAAUUAAGUUGUCUAAAUCAACCAGGUAAUCCUGAAACGGAGAAUUCAAGAACGACAACUCCGUCAGAACCUUGGACUACUUACAGUAAUCUAUCUAAUACAGGCAGACAUAAUAGUGAUUACCAGGAAUUACAAACCAGGAAUUCAAAUUAUCCUUAUAAUAAUCUUCCAUAUUCUGGUAGAAGUGAGGUAGAACCAAGUGGUAACUAUAGUAGUCUAUCUGAUGGUAACAGGCGUGGUACAGAUAAUAAUAAUUACCUAGAAUUACAAACAAGAACUCCUUCGUCACCUUAUAACAAUCUCCCCUAUACAUAUAAUAAUCAUUAAUUAUCGCAUUUAUACCCCCCCACCCCACAUACUAGUGAAUCAUCAUACAUAUACCAAUCAAUAUUUAUCAUAUAUAUAUACUAGUGAAUAUCAUACAUAUAUCAAUAUUUAUCAUAUAUAUAUACUAGUGAACAUCAUACAUAUAUUAAACAUACAUUAGGGGAGAUUAGAUAAAGAGCUGGCAGUUAAAAACAAGAUAAUGUAAAGAUACAUUGUGGGAGAUUAGAUAAAGAGCUGGCAGUUAAAAACUAGAUAAUGUAAAGAUACAUUGUGGGAGAUUAGAUAAAGAGCUGGCAGUUAAAAACUAGAUAAUGUAAAGAUACAUUGUGGGAGAUUAGAUAAAGAGCUGGCAGUUAAAAACUAGAUAAUGUAAAGAUACAUUAUGGGAGAUUAGAUAAAGAGCUGGCAGUUAAAAACUAGAUAAUGUAAAGGGAAUUUGCUAAAAAUUUCAGUCAAAUUGAUCCACUCUGAACCAAGAAUCUAGCGAUUGAAUUUUAGGCAUAGCCGCGAUCAUCAUUACUAAAGUCGGUACGAUAAAACAUAGUCUCAAUUAUCCAUUUUCUGAUUUAAUCAUCAAUGAGCGUUGAGCAGCAGAUCGGAUUCCAAUCCAAUAAAUAUCGCAGGCUAGCGAUGACAUCGAGAGUUUAUUAUGGUCUGGAUAAUUUUUUUUAAUGUUUAAUUAAUAAUUUAGAUAACAUUUCAUGCCCAAAGAAAGACCUGCAAUUGGCAGAUUUAGCUCUUGCAUAAUGUAGGUUGAAUCUAUAAUUAUCAUACAUGUACUAAUUUAUAUAUACAUUUAUAUAUACAUUCACUAAAAUAAACAUUAUACUAACAAGAUAUAACUGUUUAUCGUUAUUUAAUAAGAUGUAACUGUUUAUUGUUAUAUAAUACGAAUAAGAUGUAACUGUUUAUUGUUAUAUGAUACGAAUACGAUGUAACUGUUUAUUGUUAUAUAAUACGAAUAUGUAACUGUUUAUUGUUAUAUAAUACGAAUAAGAUGUAACUGUUUAUUGUUAUAUAAUACGAAUAAGAUGUAACUAUUUAUUGUUAUAUGAUACGAAUAAGAUGUAACUAUUUGUCGUUAUUUAAGAAUGGAAACAACCAAAGUUGAUUUUUAAAAAACGAACAAUUUAAAGAAGAAAGAAAUUGUUACGUUUUUCAACACUUUGAUCUCAUCUUUGAUUGCUUGGAAGACAGACUUAGUACCGAGUGAUCUAAAGUGUUACCAUGCCAACAUUUAAUUUGUCACCUAAUAUAAUUAUAUGUUUAAUUAAAGAUGCAUUAUGUAUGGUUUAUAUAGUGGGAGAGUUGCUAUAACAGUUCCAGUGGGAGGAAACCGAAGAGCUUGGAGGAAAUAACCUAGGUUGGACUUGGACCGACGAACCCUACUUCAUGUCACAUACACUUGACUUAUUGACAGACCUAACGAUCUAAAGCGCAUGCGUUAAACCAUUCCACUACUACAGACCCCUACGCCAAGCGAAUUAUUAAAAUAAAAUUGAACCGUAUGUUAGUCCCGAAAUGACCUAUUUAUACAAGUCAUGGGGUCGAUCCAGCGCCUGUGUGUGACAAGGACUCGGGUCGUCGUUUGUUUUCCAGAUACUUAAACACCCUGUGAGCAAGCGAAGUAUUAAAAUAAAAUGUAAAUCCGAA